AGAGAGAGAGACAGAGAGAGAGUUGUAGUGAGAGAAACUGAGAAACCGUGAGGUAAAGCCAAGGAUCCGAGUAUAAUCCAUGGAAGAUCUGAGAUUAGUUAUAUCAUGGUGUUGAUGUCGUUAAGUUGAGGUCACCGUAUUGGGAAAUUUGGAGAGCAAUUUAUGCACAGAUACUGGAGAGACCAUACAUAGAAACAUUCUGGUGGAUGCGGUUGUAGUUGUACUGGAGUAAAUGUCAUUCCGCAGCUUAGCUCAAGAUUUAAGGAACGGUAUUGGGAGCUUAUCAAGGCGAAGUUUUGAGGUGAGAUUGCCUGGUAAUCACAGAGGGAAAUCACACAGUGCAGUCCAUGAGUUACAUGACCAGCCUCAGGUCGUCCAGAAUAGUUGUUGGGCUAGUCUUCCGCCUGAGCUGCUCCGUGAUGUGAUUAAGAGGUUGGAGGCCAGUGAGGAUGCGUGGCCGGCUCGCAAGCAUGUUGUUGCCUGUGCUGAUGUUUGUCGGUCAUGGAGGGAAAUGUGCAAGGAAAUUGUAAAAACCCCAGAAUUUUCUGGGAAGCUUACCUUUCCAGUCUCCCUGAAGCAGCCAGGGUCUCGGGAUGGAACCAUCCAAUGUUUUAUAAAGAGAGACAAAGCUAAUUUGACUUACCAUCUUUUCCUUUGCCUUAGCCCUGCACUGCUUGUUGAAAAUGGAAAAUUUCUUCUUUCUGCAAAACGGAAAUGGAGAACAACUUGUACAGAGUAUGUGAUCUCGAUGGAUGCAGAUAACAUAUCAAGAUCGAGCAGCACUUACAUUGGAAAAUUGAGGUCCAACUUCCUGGGCUCAAAGUUUAUAAUUUAUGAUACACAACCUCCAUACAACAGUGCUCAUCUUUCCCCUCCUGGUCGUACAAGUCGUAGAUUCUACUCUAGAAAAGUUUCUCCAAAAGUGCCUACUGGGAGCUACAAUAUUGCUCAGGUCACUUUUGAGCUGAAUGUACUAGGCACAAGAGGGCCACGGAGGAUGAACUGCAUUAUGCACUCAAUUCCCGCCUCGGCCCUUGAACCAGGUGGCACUGUCCCUGGUCAGCCCAAGGUCCUUCCCCAGUCCGUUGAAGACUCAUUCAGGAGUAUCUCCUCAAGAUCAAUUGGUAACUCGACUGAGUUCAGUAGUGCCCGGUUUUCAGACAUUGUUGGCCUGCACGAGGAGGAAUACGAGGGAAAGGAAAGACCUUUGGUUCUUCAAAACAAGGCUCCAAGAUGGCAUGAGCAGUUGCAAUGUUGGUGCCUUAAUUUUAGGGGGAGGGUAACAGUAGCAUCUGUCAAAAAUUUCCAGCUGAUUGCUGCUACACAGCCUGCUUCUGGUGCACCAACCCCAGCACAGCCGGCCCAAUCUGAUCAUGAUAAGAUUAUUUUGCAGUUUGGUAAGGUUGGCAAGGAUUUGUUUACCAUGGAUUAUCGAUAUCCUUUAUCUGCAUUUCAGGCUUUUGCCAUCUGUUUGAGUAGCUUUGACACGAAAUUGGCAUGUGAAUAG